AUGGCAGACGGGCCGUCCGCUGAAGAUACGUCGUCGUCGUCCGCGGCCGCGACUGCCGCGUUGAUGGAACUCGUUGAUGGUAGCCCCGCAGCGGUGGCCCGGGUGCCCCGCGAGCGCAACAAACGCAAUGUCACUGCCGAUUCUUCUUCCUCCUCGUCGUCGUCAGUGAUCGGCAGUGCAAGUAAUAGUAGUGGUGCUAGUAACAGUGCUGGUAGUGCUGGUUUUGGUGUCGGUGGUGGUGCUGGUGUUGGUGGUGGUGGUAAAAGGUCACAAUCGUCCACUGUUUUGAGUGAGGAGCAGCCGACAACAAGCUACCGACGUAGCUCUGCCGGUAGCUCCGAGAGACGCGGCACGAGAUACAACAACCUCAUCCUCGAGCCCGCUGAUCUGCUCACCGAGUCCAUAGCGGCGGCCAAUCAACAGCUGAAGAUCGCGAGUGCCGUGGUGCUGGUCGAGCGCAGUGAAAUCGCUAUUAUCGAAAACAACCGGAAGAAGCUCAAACUGGCGAAUAACAACAGUAGCGCUAAUACCACUGCCAAUCCGGGAAAUGCACCGAAAAAGGAUUCUGGGAAGAAAUCGGAUGCUGCCAGCAGCAACAACAACAAGGAUAAGGACACUAAUAAGUCGCAGCUGCAGCGAAAGACGACGAGGAAGACCACGGCUGAGGCAAAGAAGGCCAACCAGCAGCAGAUCAAGGACCAACAACAACAAAAACAACAGCAACAGCCAACGCAGGGGAGGAGUGCCGUGAGCGAGGACGGAGGUGGCGGUGGCGCCGGCGGCAACCUGGGGCCCUGCGCCAAGAAGCGCUGCGCCGAUCAAUACGACAGCUCCGAGAGCUCCGACAGGUAA